UAGGGCUUCCCUGACCAGAGUGCGUGAAGCCACACGGCAAUAUCGGCCUCGCCGAUAGCGACGAUGGAACGAACACGCACUUUAACCAUUUGACGGGCUAUAUCACGUAUAUAUCCAUGUGUUUUCCCUCUCUACCUCCAUUCCCCGCGCUCUAGUCUCUACUUUCAUUCUCUUUCUUUGAUUCCCCAUCUCUCCCUCCUUUCUCCACCGUCUCCCUCAUGGGACAGUCCACGUCCACCCCCCUGCCUUCUGCGGACUUCAAUCGUCCGGAGAUCUCUUCUAGUAAUCGCUAUAGCUAUCAAUAUUCGGUCGCAGAUUUGCCUCUGGAGUGUAAUACAGAUGCGGAUUUUAUGGAUGAUUCUACCGGUGGUUUUGACUAUACAGCCUAUCUCCCUGACGAUUGCUUGGCUGGUAUUUUUCAAUUGCUUGGCUCUGUCGAUCGAAGAUGUUGUUCCCUUGUGUGUAAACGCUGGAUGCGCGUCGAUGGUCAAAGCCGGCAUCGACUUUCCCUGAUUGCUCAAGCGGCGUUGUUGGAUUUUGUUCCUUCCCUGUUUAACCGAUUUGACUCUGUCACCAAGCUCGCCCUGCGAUGUGAACGCAAGUCGAACAGCAUAAAUGAUGACGCCUUGAUCCUGAUUUCUCUUCGAUGCGAGAAUCUUACUCGCCUCAAGCUCCGUGGUUGCCGUGAGGUCACCGAAGUUGGAAUGGCCGCUCUUGCUAAGAACUGCAAGGCUUUGAAGAAGCUGUCUCUUGGGUCGUGUAUGUUCGGCGUCAAGGGCUUAAACGCUGUCGUCAGUAAUUGCACGCUCCUGGAGGAGCUCUCUGUCAAGCGGCUCCGAGGAACACAUGACGGUACGGAGAUGAUUGAUCCUGUUUCGGCAGCUUCGUCUUUGAAAUCUAUAUGCCUGAAGGAGCUUGUUAAUAGCCAAAGCUUUGCACCACUCGUAAUUGGUUCAAAAGGUCUUCGAACUUUGAAGGUAAUUCGUUGUAUGGGAGAUUGGGAUAAUAUUCUUGAAAAUAUUGGAAAGUUCAAUGCUGGUUUAAUUGAGGUCCAUCUCGAGAAGAUUCAGGUUAGUGAUGUGGGUCUUUCGGGGAUAUCCAAUUGUUUGAGCUUGGAGACUCUGCACAUUGUUAAAACUGAGUGUUCAAAUGUGGGGCUUUCUGUUGUAGCUGAGCGGUGCAAACUAUUGAGAAAGCUUCACAUUCAUGGCUGGAGGACCAAUAUGAUUGGUGAUGAUGGUUUGAUUGCUGUAGCGAAGCACUGCAUUCAUUUACAGGAACUUGUGUUGAUUGGCUUAUCUCCUACUUCUCUGAGCUUAACGGCCAUAGCUUCCAAUUGCAGAGAUUUGGAAAGGUUUGCUCUUUGUGGGAUUGGCACAAUUGGUGAUGCAGAGAUUGAGUGUAUUUCUGCGAAGUGUGUGGCACUCAAGAAGCUUUGCAUUAAAGCAUGUCCUAUUUCUAAUGUUGGGAUCGAAGCUCUUGCUUCGGGUUGUCCAAAUUUGGUUAAAAUAAAGGUAAAGAAGUGCAGGAAAGUUACUGGUGAAGUUGUAGAGUGGCUGCGUCGAAGGAGGGUUUCUUUGGCGUUUAGUUUUGAAGAUAGCGAGGUUGAGGCUGUGGAUGGCAGUGGCAGUGAUAAUGGAGCUCAGGACAGUACGGUAGGGUUUACUACACACACAGCUGGCCAAGCGCCAGUUGCUGAGGCUGCUUCAAGUAGUAAUACUAAUAACAACCGCUUGACUAUGUUAAGAACCAAAUUUGGAUUUCUGAUUGGUAGAAAUAUUGUGCCUUGUCCCUUCAGAAGAUGGUCAACAAGUGAUAAUAUCGUCAACGAUGACUUCUCAUGAUCUUUGAGAGAAGGCCAUGCGUAGGAUGUGAUGUGUUCUUGUGUUCAAUUGCCAAUUGCCCAAUUCCUUGCAGUUUGAUCGCUGAAUUCCAUCCCCCCCCCCCCAAAAAAAAAAAAACAAAAGAAAAAAAACUAGAGAAUCGCUAAUAGCAAUUCCUCCGUAACAGAAUUGAAUUUGUCGAUUCACUUCAUUAUUGAGUGGUUCUUUCAAUUCGUUGUUUUUAAUGUUAGUAUCAGUUUUUGGUUUACUGACUUGACUUUACUCUUUGGAUUAAAGUUGCACAGUGGACUGCUUGAGCAGGAUUAAUUUACUGUCAGUAUUAUGAAUACAUGAAUUUCAAGUCCAUUGUAUUUCCUUUA